AUGAAAGCCCUCAUUUACAAUUUGCGUGGGUUCGGCAGUGGGGGCCGGCGCACACAGUUGAAGGAUUACAUGAAGCAGCACCGUCUGGACAUCCUCGGCCUUCAGGAGACUAUUCGACAGGAUUUCUCGAUGGCGGAGCUUCGUAGCCUGGAGUGUGGGGGACAGUUUGCUUGGAAUUGGCUUCCAGCAGACGGACACUCAGGGGGCCUUCUCCUCGGCUUUCGGGAUGAAUGCUUCGAGGUAGGUUCGUGGAAGAAGGGGACAUUCUUCCUUAGCGCCACGGUGUUUCAGCGGAAGACCAGGCUGAACUGGUGCUUCUUCCUUGUCUAUGGGCCUGCGGAUCACCGCAGGACAGACGAGUUCCUUGUUGAGCUGGAACGGGAAGUUCUAGCGGCUCCUUUCCCAGUUGUGGUUGGAGGGGACUUUAACCUCAUUCGCACGGCUGGCGACAAGAGCAACGACAACAUUUGCUGGCCUAGGGUGCGCCGGUUUAAUGAGGCCAUUGCCACUAUGGCUCUGCGGGAACUUUGCCGGGUUGGCGCUAGGCUACCUGGACCAAUAGGCAACUGA